UUCGUAUUCUCUGAUUCCCCUUUCUUCUUCUUCUUCUUCUUCACUGAAUCACUUCACACACGCACAAAAUGGAGCCAGACGUGAGCAUAGAAACAAGCUCAAAGAUCCGGAUCGCAGUAAUCCCAAUCGACAACAUCGACCUCCACUUAUUCCGGAAAUACGCCGCCAUGCUGUCACUCAACCACACCAAAAUCCCUCUCUCCUCCAUCUCCACUUUCUACACCGAACAUCAAAAAUCCCCCUUUUCUCAUCAGCCCUGGGAUUCCGGCAGCUUACGUUUCAAGUUUAUUGUCGGCGGAUCUCCCCUUAGUCCCUGGGAAGAUUUUCAAUCUAACCGAAAAAUCCACGCCGUUAUCGGAAUCUGUCACUGCCCUUCGUCUCCCGAUCUCGAUUCCGUCUCUCGUCAGUUUUCGGCUUCCUGUAAAGCUUACUCCUCUGCUGUUGUUCAUCGCUGUUUCGCUUUUUCGCCUUGUGAUUCGCAGCUUGCGAAUGGGGAUAACAAAGGAAAUAAUGUGGUUUUGUUUCCUCCUGCGGACCUGCGAACGCAGGAAAUUCACUUGCAAACGAUGAUGCAAGACAUUGCUGCUUCACUUCUAAUGGAAUUCGAGAAGUGGGUUCUUCAAGCGGAAUCCGGUGGAACCAUUCUGAAGACACCUUUAGAUUCUCAAGCUAGUCUCAGCUCAGAGGAGGUUAUCAAAGCAAAAAAAAGGAGACUUGGCCGAGCACAGAAAACGAUAGGAGAUUAUUGUUUACUAGCUGGAUCACCUGUGGAUGCUAAUGCUCAUUAUUCUACUGCUUUAGAGCUUGCUAGACUGACCGGGGAUUACUUCUGGUAUGCUGGUGCAAUGGAAGGUGGUGUUUGUGCGUUGCUGAUGGAUAAAGAAGUUCAGAAGGAUCCGGUUAUAGAGGAGGAGGUCAAGUACCGUUACAACAGUGUGAUCGUGCAUUACAGGAAGUCAUUUAUACAUGACAAUGCUCAGAGGGUCUCACCCCUCAGCUUUGAACUGGAAGCUACUUUGAAGUUGGCAAGAUUUCUAUGCCGACGAGAGCUGGCUAAGGACGUAGUGGAUCUUUUGACUGCUGCUGCAGAUGGGGCUAAGUCUUUGAUUGAUGCAAGUGAUAGACUGAUAUUGUACGUUGAGAUAGCCCGUUUAUAUGGAACUCUUGGUUACCAUAGGAAAGCUGCCUUUUUCUCCAGGCAGGUGGCUCAGCUAUAUUUACAGCAAGAAAACACUUUGGCUGCUAUCAGUGCCAUGCAAGUGUUGGCACUGACUACAAAAGCUUAUCGUGUUCAAAGUAAAGCUUCUAUUCCCAAACAUCUUGUUCCCAAUGAUAUUGGGCCAUCUGUUACUGAUGGUGGGAAAAUGCACCAUCACUUGGUAGUAUCUCUAUUUGAGUCCCAAUGGAGCACCUUGCAGAUGGUUGUACUUAAAGAGAUACUUCUCUCAGCUGUCCGUGCUGGAGAUCCUCUUGCUGCGUGGAGUGCAGCUGCACGUCUAUUAAGAUCUUACUAUCCUCUAAUUACACCUUCAGGACAAAAUGGCCUUGCAAGUGCACUCAACAAUUCUGCAGAGAGGCUUCCUUCUGGAACUCAUUGUGCUGAUCCUGCCUUACCUUUCGUGAGGCUACAUUCGUUUCCCCUGCAUCCGUCACAAAUGGACAUUAUAACACGGGAUUCUGGAAGAGCGGACUGGUGGACAGGAUCCACUCCUUCAGGUCCUUUUAUUUAUACACCAUUCAGCAAAGGAGAUUCAACCAACACAAGUAAACAAGAACUCGUUUGGGUUGUUGGAGAACCCAUUCAGGUGUUAGUGGAAUUAGCAAACCCAUGUGGCUUCGACUUACUAGUCAAUAGCAUAUAUCUGUCUGUACAUUCUGGAAAUUUUGAUGCAUUCCCAAUCACUGUUACUCUUCCUCCUAAUUCAUCUAAAGUUAUAAGUUUAUCAGGAAUUCCAACUAAAGUGGGUCCAGUGAAUAUCCCGGGAUGCCUGGUUCAUUGUUUUGGUGUAAUUACGGAGCAUUUCUUUAAAGAUGUUGACAAUUUGCUUCUUGGAGCUGCACAAGGGCUUGUUAUUUCUGAUCCUUUUCGGUGUUGUGGAUCCGGAAAAUUGAAAACAACAGUUGUUCCAAGUAUUGCAGUUGUACCCGCAUUGCCGUUGUUGGUCUCACAUAUUGUUGGUGGCGAUGGUUCUGUUAUAUUAUAUGAAGGUGAGAUUCGUGAGCUUUGGAUUAGAGUUGCCAAUGCUGGCACAGUUCCAGUUGAGCAGGCACAUAUUUCUUUAUCUGGGAAGAAUCAAGAUUCUGUUAUAUCUAUUGGGUAUGAUGCAUUGAAGUCUGCCCUUCCAUUAAAGCCUGGGGCUGAAGUGACUUUACCGGUUACCUUGAAAGCAUGGCAACUUGGUUUGUUGGAUCUUGAUACCAUUGCUAGCAAGAGCGCGUCUGGAAAUGCAACAAGGCCGCUAAAGGAUGCAAACAGCCCAAUGUUAUUGAUCCAUUAUGCAGGUCCUGUAGAGAACCAUGAAGGUCCACCAGAAAGUGUUAGUAUCAUGCCACCUGGUCGCCGCUUGGUAACUCCUUUAAACGUAUGUGUUCUGCAGGGGUUAUCUUUUGUGAAAGCUCGGUUACUGUCUACAGAAAUUCCUGCUCAUGUGGGAGAAAUAUCUCAUAGUUCUUUAGAUAAUAAAUAUACUGAUAAUGGGGCUGAUACCUCGAAACACACAGAUAGGUUGGUAAAAAUUGAUCCCUACAGAGGAAGUUGGGGCCUUAGAUUUCUUGAACUUGAGUUAUAUAAUCCAACCGAUGUUGUUUUUGAAGUCGGUGUCUCUGUACAGCUAGAGAGUGCCAAUAAUGAGGAAAAUAACGAUUCUUCUGAGUUCGAUUACCCAAAAACAAGAAUAGACAGAGAUUACACUGCACGAGUUUUAAUCCCGCUGGAGCAUUUUAAGUUACCUGUUCUUGACGGAUCUUUUCUUGUGACAAAUUCACGGUCAAACGGGAAUGGCGGUAAAAGUGUGAAUCUCUCAGAAAAGAACAAGAAAGCUGAGCUCAACGCCUCAAUAAAGAAUCUGAUUUCAAAGAUUAAGGUUAGGUGGGUAUCAGGGCGGAAUAGCUCAGGCGAAUUGCAUAUCAAGGAUGCCACACAAGCUGCCCUUCAGACAUCUGUAAUGGACGUCCUAUUGCCAGACCCUUUGACUUUCAGUUUCAGGCUUGUUAAAAGUCAUGCAGGAGAAGUUGAGAAAAAAGAUUUAUUGAAUGGGUCGGUUAUUGAAGUGAAUUCUUCGCCAAAGGGGCCCGUGUUAGCACAUGAAAUGACACCCAUGGAGGUUUUGGUUCGGAAUAACACGACUGAUUCUAUCAGUUUGUGUCUUAGUGUCACUUGCAGGGAUGUGGCUGGUGAAAACUGCAUCGAAGGAAGGAAUUCUGCUGUACUAUGGUCUGGUGCCUUAAGUGGGAUGAAGGUGGACGUUCCUCCACUUGCAGAGAUUAAACAUUCAUUCUGUCUCUAUUUUCUUGUUCCGGGUGAAUACACGCUAUUGGCUGCUGCAGUAAUAGAUGAUCCUAAUGAAAUUUUAAGGGCUCGUGCCCAAUCUUCAUCACCUGAUGAGCCAAUCUUUUGUCGAGGCCCACCUUAUCAUGUUCGCGUAAAUGGUACUCUCUAAGUAUUUUUGUUUCACCUAUUAACAUUCAUCUUGCAUACAAACAGCCAUCUUUUUUAUCUUUUUAUAUACACCCAUACGUGCAUACAUAUAUGUAUGUGUGUGUAUCAACCAAGUGUGUGCAUUUGUUUGUACUAUGUUGUAAUAUUUUAAAGCUCCGGGUCAUUGUGUGUUUCUUACUAUUAUAGAUUUAUCGGUAAACAUCUCGUGUGUUUAGAACAGGUUUUCAUUUUGAAAAGUUUUAAACAUUUGUUUCCACUUU